CAGAUAUAGUGAAUGCAGGGUCUGGGGAGACCAGAUAUAGUGAAUGCAGGGUCCUGGGAGAGCGGAUAUAGUGAAUGCAGGAUAUAGUGAAUGCAGGGUUUGGGGAGACCAGAUAUAGUGAAUGCAGGGUCCGGGGAGACCAGAUAUAGUGAAUGCAGGGUCUGGGGAGACCAGAUAUAGUGAAUGCAGGGUUUGGGGAGACCAGAUAUAGUGAAUGCAGGGUCCGAGGAGACCAGAUAUAGUGAAUGCAGGGUCUGGGGAGACCAGAUAUAGUGACUGCAGAAGGACCAGGGACAGAUAUAGUGAAUGAGGGUCCGGGGAGAUCAGAUAUAGUGAAUGCAGGGUCCGGGGAGACCAGAUAUAGUGAAUGCAGGGUCCGGGGGACCAGAUAUAGUGAAUCAGGGUCCGGGGAGACCAGAUAUAGUGAAUGCAGGGUCCGGGGGAGACCAGAUAUAGUGAAUGCAGGG